CUUUGGCUGCUUGGAGUAGUUUCGCUACUCCAGCAACUAAGAGGCGGCAGCAGGCCGAGUAGCUAUGAGGAGGCGGAUGCUACUCCAAUAGGGCCGUCAGACAAACCACAAAGAAGAUGGCGCAACUACUGGAGACCAAUACCAUUGCGCGGCCCUGUCCCAUUGAUUUCGUUGGCGUUAUGGCCAUGGGCCUGCAUUUCUGGGCACAUGCCGAGGAGCCCGAUACCCCGCCUUGGCCUUACUUACCACCAGCUCCUCGUCGGGAUUUUAACUGCUUUG